GAGCACCGCAGCCCCAAAUAAAGAUGAGAAAGGAGACCACUAGCAGCAUCAGACAAGGGUGAGGAUGGGACAGACUGAUGACGGAGAGCCUGGCAGAGGCCCUGGGGGACAGCAAGAGGGAAGCAAAUUGCACCAUGAAAACGAAACGAGGAAGUUACUUUGUAAAACUCCGUUCGCCUUUACAACAGCCCGGUGCGUGGCACUAUCAUCCGCCCAUUUUGCAGAUAAACUGAGACUCCGUGAGUUCACACAGCUGGGAAGCGGAGAGGUGAGGGUUUGAACCCCAGCCCCAGAGCCCGGGCUGCUGAGCACCCUGAGUUCUGAACUUUUAUUUGGUUGUGACUCUUGUCCUUUCUUUCCAAAGCUUUUCCUUCCUGCUCACCAGCAGGCCCUGGGUGCUUCCACGUGCCUCCUUCCCAUGGGCUGUACUCGUUUCCUCAACAGCAGGAAUUCCUCAUCUCCGUCCUGAAGCUGGACGUGGGAAACUGAGGUGCAGGCCGGGCUGCUUUCUUCCCGGGGCUCAAGCAGAGAAUCUGUUCCAGAACUCCUCCAGCUCCUCCGGUUCCCGCAAAUCUUGGCGCUCCCUGGCGUAUAGCUGCUUCUUUGUGACCCUCUCCCCGUGCGUCCCAACUUCCCGCUAGGAAAUCCAGGAAAACCUCCUCUUACCUUUUUUUUUUUUUUUUUUUUUAACUGAAGGAUAACUAAGAUACAGUGUUAUAUUCGCUCCAGGUGUAACCUCCUCUUGAUUACAGCUGCACAGACCCUAUUUCCAAUAAGGCCACGUUCCCAGCCUCUGGCGGUCAGGGAUGCUUGCUCCCCAGGCAGGUGUACCGAUAGAGAAACCAUGGAACGGCACCCCAGGAAGCCAGGCCACCCUACCAAACAAUGAGGUGAGCCGCUGCGCGGCACGUGGGAGAUCCGAGGCCUGAGGCUGAGUGAGAGAAGCAACUUUCAGAACAACAAGCUCGGCUGAAGUUUCCCGGUAAAAUGCACAGAAAACAGCACUAAUAUUCUCCCUACGGAUGCGGAGAUGCAAGCGCGUCUGAAGAGUCACCCACUGCAGACAACGACGCCUACUCCUGCGGCAGGUCGCCAAGAGGCCUCUUCACCGCGAGCGGUAAGGUGUCCUGCAUUAGAUGAGCACGUAUUUGUGAGCUCCGCACACGGCUCCGAGAGCAGGUGCUGUUCGUUCCCGGGCGGUUCCCUGCGCUGCCGCCCUCCCGCCAGCAGGGGGCGCCGGUCUGCCCCGCACAGCGCCCGCUCUGUCCGGAAGUCCCGCCCCGACCGGAAGUCGGCGUAGGAGCAGCCGGGGAAAAUGGCGGCGUCCGCGAGCGCUGGAGCGGCGCGCCGGCUCGGCCGCCGGGGGCGGGGACCCCACAGGCAGCACGGGCGCGGGGUACGCCGCGGGCCGGGGGAUGGCACCGAGGGGGCCCUGAAGCGGCUAAAGCUCGCGGUGGAGGAGUUCGUGCAGGCGAGCUCCGAGGGUGAGAUCCCCGGCGGCGCCGCGGGGCCCCCGACGGGCGGGCGCGUGCGGCCGGGCGGGAGGAAAAGCCGCAGGGAGCUGAGGAAGGAGAAGCGGCACCUGAGGAAGGCGCGCCGGCUGCGGAGGACUGCGGGGCUCGCGCAGGGCCCGCGUGCGGGCGGCGGCGGCGGCGGAGCCGGGGGAACGAGAGGCUGCCGGGAGGCGGGGGCGGCGGGGGCGGGCGGUCGGCCGUCUCCUUGUCGGGCCCCGCCGCCGCCGGAGGGGCUGCGACCUCCCCAGGCCAAGGGCGCCCGGGCCCGCCCCGAGCCCAGAGGUCCCCCCGGGACCCCCAGGCCCUCUGCAGCCGCCGCUGCCGCUCGAAAACGAGCACUUUUGGCGGCCAACGAGGAGGAGGACCGGGAGAUCCGGAAGCUGGAGCGGCGCCUCGGCUUGAACAAGCGCAAGAGGAAGGGCGGCGGGAGCUCCGUGCCGCUCAGCUUCGCCCGGGAUGGGCUCGACUACCUCCUGGGGGCCCUGGAGCCCGGACACAACGGCGGCUGGUGCGAAGGCGGCCGUGCGGAGGACGAGGAGGAGGAGGAGGACGCUGGACAGACGCUGCCCGACAGCGGCACCGAGGGCGAAGGGCCGCACGAGGGUGAGGAAGAAGAGGGCCGGCCGGGAGCAGAAACCGGAGCAGAGACCGAGGAAGCGGACGUGGACGACGACGGGCAACAAGCCCCGCAAGGGCGAGCCGCGGGCGGAAGGAGCGAAAGGAGAGUCCGUUUCGCCGACGGAAGGAGGGAGCCUGCCCCGGAGGACUCUGACGCAGCGGACCAGCAGAGUCUCUGUGAAGACCAGGGCGAGCACAUCCCCCCUCACGUGAGGCAAGCUGAGGAAACAGCGAGUGGUCAGAGGGAGAGCCUGGAGAGGCUGCAGAAACACGUCAAAGGUCUGAUCAACAGGUUGAGCGAGCCGAGCGUGGCCUCCAUCAGCGGGCAGCUGGAGGAGCUGUACAUGGCCCACAGCAGGAAGGACAUGAACGACACCCUGACAGGCGUCGUCCUGAGCGCCUGCGCGCCCGACACUGCCAUGCCCAGCCGGCUGGUGAUGGAGCCCGUGCUGGUGCUCAGCACCCUUCACCACACGGUCGGGGUCGAGGUCGGUGCUCACUUUCUGGAGGCCGUGGUGAAGAGGUUUGACGCCGUCUAUAAGAACGGAGGCGAAGGGAAGGAGUGCGAGAACCUGCUCACCAUCAUCGCGCAUUUGUAUAACUUCCACGUGGUGCACGCUUGCCUGGUUUUUGACAUUUUGAAGAAGCUUAUUGGGACUUUCACAGAAAAAGAUAUUGAACUGACCCUGUUAAUGCUGAAAACCGUGGGCUUCUCGUUGAGAAAAGAUGAUGCUCUGUCACUCAAGGAACUGAUCGUGGAGGCCCAGGCCAAAGCCAGCGCGGCCAGCGGCAAGUUCCAGGACCAGACCAGGGUUCGGUUUAUGCUGGAGACCAUGUUGGCGCUGAAGAACAAUGACGUGCGGAAGAUCCCGGGCUAUGACCCUGAGCCUGUGGAGAAGCUCAGGAAGUUACAGAGAGCGUUGGUGCGCAGCGCCGGCUCGGGCGCCGAAACUCAGCUCCGCAUCUCCUGGGAUGGCAUCCUGAACGCCGAGCAGACCGGCCGCUGGUGGAUCGUGGGGUCCGCGUGGACUGGGGCCCCUAUGAUUGACAACAGUCAGCAGAAGGUCACAGAGAAGCCGCCCUCGGGGACGGUUAGUGGGAAGAUACUAGAACUCGCCCGAAAGCAGAGAAUGAACACUGAUGUCAGAAGGAACAUAUUCUGUACAGUGAUGACAAGUGAAGAUUUCUUGGACGCGUUUGAGAAGCUUCUGAAGCUGCGGCUGAAGGACCAGCAGGAGCGGGAGAUCGUUCACGUUCUCGUGGAUUGCUGCCUUCAAGAGAAAACCUACAACCCUUUCUACGCGUUCCUGGCUGGCAAGUUCUGUGAAUACCAGAGAAGGUUCCAGAUGACUUUCCAGUUCAGCAUAUGGGAUAAAUUUCGGGACUUGGAAAAUUUGCCAGCCACUAAUUUCUCUAAUUUGGUUCACCUGGUAGCCCACUUGUUGAAGACGAAAUCACUUCCGCUUUCUAUUUUAAAGGUAGUUGAAUUCGGCGAACUGGAUAAACCCAGAGUCCACUUUUUACGAAAAGUAUUAUAUAUUGUGUUAAUGGAAACAGAAGUUGAAGACCUUGGUUCAAUUUUUUCAAGAGUGAGCGACAGCCCGAAGCUGGGCCUGCUGAGAGAAGGUCUGAAGCUCUUCAUCGGCCACUUUCUGCUGAGGGGCGCGCCGGCAAGCACGAGCGCGGAGGCAGCCAGCCGGCUGAGGGCGAGGGCUGACCUCUCCACCAAGGCUCUGCAGGGCAAGGCUUCCCUGACGAUGUAGUCCCGAAGCGGAGCGGAGCGGCGUGCUCAUUUCUCUGAAAACGCCCUUUUUAAACCCAGAAGGCUCGUUACGCCGCUGGCCGUGUGUGCAGGUGGCAGGGCUCUGCCACGGGCUGCUGUGCUUGAGAUCUAUGUUUCCGGUAAUUUUUAAAUUCAAGGUCAUACUGUGUUUCUGUUUUAAACGUUCUCACGUAUCUGUUUCCAGAGUGGGGAGGGCAGAAGGCAGGGAGGGCAGGACAGGCGGCCACGGGCACGUCCUCCAGUAGAGACAGGGCGGGGUGCGUGUGAUCAUGUGUGUGG